GAUCUUGUUCUGUUCUUCAUACUGCAGCCUAAACCAGAGAUCGUACUGAUCUGAUACGUCUGUGCCCUCAUAUAGAACUGUGCUGCCUUUGGCUGUGAAUGUGUCUUGCCCGACAAGAGGCCCCGUCAGCGCAGAAGGUCUCGCCGGAAAGUCGUGAAGACUACAGAAAAUGAAAACAAGUCUGUCGAUGCCAUCCUCGCCGGCAACUCCGGCUCUUCCCUCCCAGACCACAAUUCUGGCAGCAAUCUGGAAGCCGAGUCUUCCAUGUUCUCAACCCUUCUGGCAGAGUCCAUCAGCAACCACUUGCGUGCACGAGACUUCAGCCGCCUCGUAUUCCCUGGACGUACGGGUGCUCUGAGUUUGCUGGCGGAAGGCAGCAACGACGAAAAAGGAGAGAUCAUUCAUUUUGAGCUCCCUGACAGUGAAACUUCCAAAGGACUUUUAGACCGCCUUGAUCCUAUUGAGUUUGGAAUUCUAGCUCAGUAUGGCGCUUUUUCACUGCCCCCGCAAGACAUCUGCGAUACCCUCAUAAAAGGCUAUUUCGAGCAGAUCCACCCGUUGCUGCCAAUGAUCAAUCGCACUCAAUUUAUGCGAGACUAUGAGAAUCCCUCAAACCCUCCAUCAAUCUUGCUUCUCCAGGCUAUAUUGGCAGCCGGAACCUUAGUUUGCCAAAUUCCUGACCUCCUUGACUCAAACGGAACCAUGGAUCAUUCACGUCGCGUACUCUACAAGCGCGCUAAAAGCUUAUACGACGCCGGAUGCGAAACGGACAAGAUCACGAUCGUCCAAGCCAUGCUGUUGAUGAGUUGCUGCUGCUCGGAACCCGCUUCGAUAUCGAAAGACAUGUUCUACUGGACCAAAUUAGCCAUUUCUGUGGCUCAAGGACUUGGUUUGCAUCGAAGCGUGGAGAACUCGCACAUGAGACUUGUAGACAGGCGCUUGUGGAAACGCCUCUGGUGGGUUUUAUUCACUCGGGAUCGUGUCGUAUCAAUCUCUCUUGGCCGUCCGUUUCUUAUAGACAAAGGUGAUAGCGACGUCGAACCACUGUCGCCAUCUGAUUUUCUCGAGGAAGAGGGUCCGGGCCCGUAUCGCUACCCUCCCGAUUCGACUUUGGUUCAAUUCUUUAUACGCUAUACUUCUUUGAGCGAGAUCGCCACUUUCAUCAUCGAGGAGCACUUUUCAGUUUCUGUGGAGCACAGCCGAAGGACUGUUAAAUCGGCUCCCCCUGAUAUUACCCGUUCAGAACUCGCACUGAGGCUUUGGCUAAAGAACCUCCCCCCAGAACUAGACUACGAUUAUAGUUACUCACAGCACACAUUUUGGACUGGAAUACUAUACGCGCAAUUCAAUUGCCUUCACUGCCUCAUCCACAGAUGGGAUCUUUCACCACACGGCAAGACCGAACAGCCAAAAGAUCAAACUAUUUUGAUUACCCCCAACAGGCAGAUCGCGUUCGAGACUGCGCACAAUAUCGCAAAGAUUACUGAAAAUCUAUCAAGGACUGACGAGAUCUCAAAACUACCCUCUAUUAUGGUUCAUGUUCUGUUCACUGCUUUGAUCGCGAUAUUAUAUGAGCUCCAGACUUUGAUAACGGACAAGGAAAUAGCCGAAGCUCAAAGAGCCCUAGAUGUCUUGGUCAAAGGCUUACGUACUGUUUCCACAACUUGGGGAACCGCCAGAACGCUGUUGGGCGUGUUUAUGUACGUUGCACGGAGCUUAUUCAAGCAAGACGACUCAUCGAUCAAGGCCAGAUUGAAUUCCGCAGUUCAAAGUCCCGGUGAGACUGUUAUCAUUUCAGAUGAGCAAGCUCAACUGUUUGAGCCUGAGCCUGAGCAGCAACUAUCUCCAGACGAGUCGAGCGGGUUGAGCUCAGACAAUGUGCACAACUUUGGAUCAUUAGCCGGAAUAGACCAAGAUAUAGAACGAGCGGAGUCUAUCACGGGAUCACGACAGAAUAUUGACAUGCUAUGUCAGCUGAUUUUGGCAGCCGGGAAAAACAAGAAUGAGCUCGAUGGCGCUACGGGUACAGCAUGUUUGGUUGACACUUGAGGAGAGUUAUAUAGGCUAAAAAGAGCUGUAUUGUUUACAUGCUAUUUGACAAUCACACGAGCAAUGAUUAGCUACAGAGAAACAAUAAACUAUACAGAUUUUUUUUUCCUUUUGCUUUAACAGAGAAACAGAAUAUCAAGAUUGACAAAUCUAGGCGAGUGCCUUUUCAUCGAGCGCAAGUUCGACAUGCGACGAUUUCUCGCCCUUAGCUUCCUGUUCAUGAACCUCAGCUUCGAGCUUCGCGAGGUAGUU